AUGUUCAAGACCUACGGCGGCAUGAUCAUCCAUCUCGAACGCGGCACCUGCGGCGAUAUCGACUCCACCGAUCUCAACAAGUUGGCAGCCGAGUGCUAUAGAUGGGAUCAGUUCAUCGACGCGGACUAUCGGGAUGAGCUGCUUGAUGAUGGGGAUACGUUGUAUGAAGCUACUCCAUUCAUGUGCCCGACUUGCGAUGCGGCGAUGUCGAAGCUGUCGAGCUUGUUCCAGCAUAUCGAGUCAGAUUCUUGUGAGCAAACUUUGGAUGAGGGGGCUAUCGGACAGUUGAGGAGAUUUCUGAGAAGUCGGCUAGGCUAG